AAGCAGGAAAAAGAUCUCAAAACCAAAACCAAAAUGUUCAAAUUCGCCGUUGUUGUUUUCGCCCUCAUUGCCUGUGCUGCUGCCAAGCCCGCUUGGGUUGCCCCAGCCGCUGUGGCCUACACCGCCCCCACCGCUGUUGUUGCUGCUGCUCCAGCUCCUGUUGUUGCCGCCGCCCCAGCUCCUUUUGUCACAGCCACCAGCAGCCAAUAUGUAGCCCGUAACUACAAUGGCAUUGCCACCGCUCCCGUUAUUGCCCCCGUUGCUGCUCCCGUUGUUGCCAAGACCGUUGCUGCCCCAGUAGCUGCUGCAUAUGCUGCUCCAGUUGCUGCCGCCUACACCGCUCCAGUUGCCACCUAUGCUGCUGCCGCUGCCCCCGUUUUCUUCUAAAUAUAAACAAUAUUUGGGAUAGAAAAUUUGAAAUGGAUUGAAUAAAAAUAUGACGA